GUUGCUCCCCGGAGAGAAUCUGUAUCUGAGUGAACUCCAUUGGCGGAUGUGUACUGCACCACCGUCACGGCUAUGGCCGUUCGGAUGAACCGAUCUACGACGGCCUCUCCGCUCAGUUCAUCCGCGAUUUCGCUGCCCAGAGAUAGGAGACGGUGCCUGAUUGCCUCUGGGUCUUGGAAUUUAAAUCCUCUGUUUUGUUCCUCUGCUUGCUGGAUUGAUUGCGUUUCGAAGGAUAAGAGGAAUCGCGUGGGAAGAAAAUCGAUUGGAGAAUUUACUGUCAACAGUAGUUCGAGGAACCAGAAACGAGUUACCUCCUCUGUAGCUUCUUCCAACAAUGGAUUGAAUUUCAACUCGAUCUUUGUGGCGCCAGCGUCGUGGAAGAGGAUUUUCUUUGCGUCAAAGAAAGUCAGGAGCAUCAUUUUGCUUAAUCUUAGCUCCCUUAUUUACGCCAGUAAUAUUUCAGUUGUGAAGGAAGUUGAAGCCAUCACUGACCCCGGAGUCUUCAAUGUAAUGCGGUUUACUUUAGCUGCCAUUCCAUUUAUCCCAAUAGUCCUCUUGGCUAGAGAUGAUGGUCACUCUCGUAGAGCGGGAAUGGAGUUGGGAUUUUGGGCAAGCCUAGGAUACAUAUUGCAAGCAGUUGGACUCCUCACAUCUGAUGCUGGACGAGCAUCUUUUAUAUCGAUGUUAACUGUCAUAGUUGUGCCCGUAAUUGAUGCUAUGUUAGGAUCUUCCAUACCUGCUCGUACCUGGUUUGGAGGUCUCAUGUGUAUCUUUGGGGUCGGAAUGCUGGAGUCCAGUGGAUCUACUCCUUGUGUUGGAGACUUGUUAAAUUUCUUGAGUGCGGUGUCGUUUGGUAUUCAUAUGCUUAGAACUGAACAUAUUUCCCGGAACACAAGAAAAGAGGAUGUUUUGCCACUCCUGGGAUACGAGGUAUGCAUUGUCGCCCUUGUAUCGAUCAUUUGGUAUUUCAUUGAAGGACGGUGUGGGGUACAAGAAUUUAAUCCAGCAACAUGGAAAUGGGAUGCAAUCUUUCAUUGGAUUUCUUCAUUCCCUUGGAUACCUGCACUUUAUACCGGAAGUUUCUCAACGGGCGUAUGCUUAUGGGUAGAGAUGGUUGCCAUGUGUGAUGUUUCAGCCACAGAAACUGCGAUAAUUUAUGGUUUGGAACCAGUAUGGGGUGCUGGAUUUGCUUGGUUCCUACUCGGUGAGAGAUGGGGUGUGCUUGGAUGGAUGGGCGCCGCCUUUGUUCUCGGUGGAAGCUUAACGGUGCAGAUGAUGGGAACCGGAACAAGAUCCUCAUCAUCAUCAUCAUCAAGAGAAUGCAAAAGGAUGGAUGCAGGAUCAGACAAACUAUCAUAAUGCAAGUGAAUAUAUAAUAUUUGUUUCACAUAUGACUUGGGAUUAUACUUAUGUGUAUAAAAAUGUAUAUAGAUUCCCUACAUGAACUCUUUUCCACAUACAGGACAAGUACACUUAAAAACAAUAAAAAUAUGGUAGCUUUUAUAUGUUAUAAGCUGCCCUUUCUUGGUUUUUAAGGCAUUUGCCAUCUUUGAUGAAUAAAAUAAGCUCUUUCUUUGACUA